UUAGCAAUCUUUGAACAUCAACAAAGCGCGGUUAAUUGAAAUUUGAAAGUGUUGUGUGUUCCGUGUUUUGUUCACUGACUUUUGGAGGUUAUUUUUGCUGUAAUGCAUCGUAACUACUUUUGAAUUACAUCUUCGCUGUAGUACGUACGUUAUCUAAGAAUCCUGCACUAUCUACCAAUAAAGAAAUUAGUGAAAGUGUUUUCCGAAAUGAAGUGUCUGUGUUGUCAAACUUGCAGCAAGUAAUGAGCGAAUUCAUCAUCGUCCAAGUUGGCCAAUGUGGUAAUCAGAUAGGAAAUGAAUUCUGGCCACUUGUUCUUCAGGAACAUGGUAUCCAUUGGAAGAAUCAGAAAAUUUCCACACAGAAGCUACAGAAAUCUAAGCAAAUGGAACUAUCAAAAGCACUCCACAGUUUCUUCUCCGUACCCAAAUCUUCAACAGAAUCCACGUACAAAACUGUGGCUGACUUGGAGAGAGGAAAGGUAAAAGCAAGGGCUUUAUGCAUUGACAUGGAAGACAGUGUUGUAGCUAAUUACAGAAAUGGGCCAUUGCGCAACAUAUUUGAUAAAGCCUGCUUACUGACAAAUUAUCCUGGCUCGGGAAAUAAUUGGGCUGAAGGAAACUUGUCUCAUGGUAGAAGAUACGCAAGCAAGAUAGAAAACUUGCUUCGGAAGUCAGCAGAAUCUUGCGAUCAGUUGCAUGGUUUCUUGCUCCUUUUCUCAGUGGGAGGUGGCACAGGCUCUGGUCUGGGAUCUUCUCUGCUGCCAUUAUUAUCAGACAUUUUUCCAGAUGUACACAGGUUGGUGACAUGUGUUUAUCCUGCUGGCAAUGAUGAUGUUAUAACAGCUCCUUAUAAUGCUGCUCUAGCCACACAACAAUUGACAGAUCAUGCCGACUGUGUCUUUCCAGUUGGAAAUAAGGCACUGAUUGAUAUAUGCAGCCGCAUGCGCAGAAGUCGAGAUGAGGAAGUGGUUCGUCGAAUUGUCAGAUCCAAACCAUUUCAGGAUAUGAAUCAUAUCAUUGUUCAUAUGCUUCUCAAUUUAACAAGUGGAGCUAGAUUUCCUGGGACUCUCAAUGUAGAUAUGGGUGACAUUCCAACUAAUAUGGUGCCAUUCCCAGGACUGCAUUAUAUUUCCAGUGCUAUUAGUCCCCUGGGGGCACUGUUGAGGAAAGAAGAACUUUUUCCUGCUGUUUGGUCAAGGGACAACCAAUUAAUUAAUGUUGAUCCUGUGUCAGGAGUCACUAUGGCAUCUCUUCUUGUUGCCAGAGGAGCUGUGUCUCUUGUUGAAAUGCGCUCAAAUAUUGACAGGUAUCAGAAGAAGAUUAAAGUUGCCCCAUGGAGUGAGGAUGCAAUUAAAACUGGUCUUUGUUCUGUCCCUCCAGCUUAUUGCCCUUCAUCAGUUUUGGGACUUUAUAACACAUCAUCAAUGACUGAUCUUUUUGAGAACGUAUUAACACAGUUUAAAAAACUCUAUAGCCGAAAGGAACUACAACAGCUGUUCAAAACCAAUGAUGUCUGUGCUACAGAUGGCAUAAAUCCAUGUCCGCUACUGGUGUAUCUGUAUCCAUUUUCACCAGAAAACUUUGAAGGCUCAUACACAUCAUUACCUUCAAGUUGAUGGGUUUGAUGAGUCAUAUUUUCUCUCAAGUAUGGAAAGUCUCCAAACUUCAGCUGCAGACUACAAAAAGAUAUUGCACCAGGAUGUUGUGAAAAUACCUAGAAUACAGGUUGUGUGAUCUGUGCUGUAGUGAGAUUGUGUUUGUAAUGCAAACAAAUAAAUUUUUACUAAACGCUGAGAUAAAAGACGGUUGCAAACAUGUAAAUAUUGCAUAUUUUUGUGCCUGACAGCACUCUGAUUUUUUGACUUUGGUGUUUUAUUAAGUAAUCAUGGUACUGUGAACAGUCAGCAUUGGAAUGUUGAAUUUUGUAAAUUACACUGUAAUGGAAGGUGAAAGUUGGUUAACAAGUAUACAGUCCUACUAUUAUAAUAUUCUGUUCCCUUUUUUAAUGGUUUUUAUCACUCGCUUUAUUUAAAUUUAUCUUGUGAACACACUCCUGUGCAAAUUUGAAUACAUUCUGAAACACAACAAUCAGAGUUAACAUUUAAAUUUUUUGUGAGCAAACAGGCUGUAUUACUUGUCAGCUAAAUGUUGGCAGAUAGAAGUGUAAGUAGCAGCAUUCAGAACAAUUCUCUUAACGUGAACUGACAGAAAUUUAUCUAAGGCUGUUGCCUAACUUUACUCUACCUUUAUAUCAUACUAAAAUAUUUUGUACUGAAUAGAAACCAUAGGAUGAGUAAACAUAACUAUCCAGUGUGUAGUGUUUACUUUGAGCAAUAGAUAGAGGUGUAAACAAGGACUUAAAGGUGGUUGCUCAGUUUACAAACUGUUGUCCUCAUUUAGAGUCCAUAAAUGCAUAUUUACACAAAUAGUGACAAUGUCCAUGUGCUGCAGCCAUCUUGCACAGCAAGGGUGGUCAUGCCCCCAUAACAGGCCAUACAGAAGUUACAGUGGAGUUGUGUCAUGUGACCAGUGAAAUCUUGUUAACAAAUGUGAUGGGCAUGCUGUUAUCUUGAUCCCAAAUUGAAUGGGGUGGGGGGCUGAGAAAGAGGGUAGUAGUUGCAGUAGUACUGUCAAAAUGUGUUUUGUGAUGGUCAUCUGCUGUGGUACAAAAUGUCAAGCAGAAGUACAAACUUCGCUCUGCGAUCACCUCUCAUAAGUGGAACAGACUAGAAAAUUGACUCUCAUAACAAAUGAAGUUUUGGACAGCAAGUCUUCUUUAUUAAUCUUAUAGUUUUUAAUAAGCAUUUCAAAAACCACUACCUGAUCCAGGUCGGCCUCCUUGGCUACUAUGAAUGGACAGUAAGUCACAUGUUUUCCUAUGAUAUACUGCCUUGUAAGGAAGAAGCUCCAACAGUGCCGUAUUCAGUUGUACUGGCCCCAAUGCACCUUGCGCCUAAAUUGUUAUCUCCAGUACAACUGCUGUGGCCUCCACAACUAUGUUACACAUUAUUAAUUAUAAUUUUGAUUUGUUAAUAUGCUUGCUACUUUGAGCAUUAGCAGUAAUGUUGCUAAAAAGACUAAAAGAAUAUUUUGUGUGAGCCACCAGCACUUUUUUCUGCAAUUUGUUACUCUGACUAUGUUAUUACACUUUUAUAAUUUUUUUAGAAAUAAGUUUUUUGAACUGAAAAAACAUUUUCAGUACAUUUAGUCAACAAGACUACUGAAUGGUAAAUUCUUUUAGCAAAUAACACCAUUCUGUAAAUUGUUUUUACAAAAAACAAAGUUUGAGAAUAAGAUCUACUUGUAAAGUUAGUGGUUAGGCACUGACAGUUGCAGUUUGUUGCAAUAACAUUUACAAAUAUA